UUGAUUGAGUUACAAUCAAAUUAAUUACAAGCAUUUUGAUUUUGUAUUUGUGUUUAAUUCAGUUGAUUUUUGUUCAUUUUCCCAAUGAUUAGUUAAUUGUGACCAUUAACAUGAACAAACAAAUCGGAUUUUUGGCUAUUAUUUAUAUUGAUUUAAUUUUGGGUUCAUAUGGAUCUCCAAUUAAUUCAAAUACAAUUAACAAGAAUGAACUAUCACUUCAAAUUGAAUCAAUUGUAAACAAUUAUCAUGUAACAAUUAACUCGCAAAUUGUUGACCUCAAUCAACGUUACUCAAAUUCAUUGAACAAUUUAGUGUCUUCAGUGAAUUUAAUUAGACAUCAAAUUAACUUACAAGUUAAUCAAAUGAACAAUAAUAUCACAAUGAUUCAGAAUUCUGGUCAUCAAGAUUUGAACAAUUUGAGACAAAAAUUGAACCUAAUUGUCAACAAUUUAAAGUCCAAUCUAAAUGAGCAAGUUAAUUACUGUAAAAACAAUAAUCAGGUUGAUCAUAAUCAACUAAAUCUUGAUCGUGAUUUGUUAAAUGGUAAAAUUGAUUCAAUGAUUAACCAAAUUAACCAACGGAUUGAUGAUAAACAAAAUCAAUGGUUGACAACAAUUAACACAAUAAGAGACAAUUUAAAUCACAAUUUAGAUGAAAUAAACAAGAUAAUUAACUCACAUUCUGAUCAGUUGAUUGAAACAUUGAACAAUUGGAGAUCUGAUGAUUUAAUUAAAACUAAUCAACUAAUUGAAAAAUUAAAUGAUAAAGCAAACCAUUUACGGAACCAAUUGUGGAGUCAAUUAUCAAUUGAUCAAGUAAUUAAAUCAUUAACUGAUUUAAUUGAUUGGAAAAGUUCAACACUAGAAACAAAUGAAAAUCAAAUUGAAACUCAAUUAACUGAAAUUAAUUCAUUUUGGUUGAAACAAUUAACUAAUGAUGAUAAUCGGACAAAAAUUUGGUCUCUAUUUCAAUUGGAAGAUUUAAAUUUUUUCUCAACACAAUUAAAACAAUCAAUAAACGAUUUAACUAAUUCAAUUGAAAAAGAUACUAACAAUUUAGCAAUUGAGAUGAAAACUAUUUGUACAAAGUGA